AUGGAUCUUCUGCCCGUCAAUCCCUCUGACGGCGUCGUACGUGCGUCGUCCAUCGAGGAGUGGUUUUUCGGCUCGAAGAUAACCAUUGGGCAAGUCCCCAAAGCUCUGCGAUAUUUCAACGCGCAACCAGCCGAGAAAUGGAAUAAAAUGAUGGAGUUCUACGACGGGGAGAUUCCCCCUCCCAACGCCGAAUUCCACGUAUACUCGGAUCCGAUCUUCGUCUUGAAGAGCUACAUUUGGUUACUUCAUAAGAUGGCAGGCGGUCCUAAUCAUUUCCAUGAUUUCAGCUUAGAGGACGCCCAGUACGCGAAUGCUUACGGUAUUCUGAACAUCUUCGUCGCUAUAAUGGAUGGACACGCCUGUCCUGUCUGUCAAAUUCAGGUUCUUGACAAUGUAAAGACGCGCUUCCCGCAGCUGUCCCUAGAACUUGUGGAUAUCGUCUUCCUAGUUAUGCCAUCCAUGGGCUCGCUUAUGCGAACCAGGGAAUUUGCGUAUGCCACUCUUCCGCUUUGCGAGGACCAGCGAUUCGACGAACUGAAGCAUGGUUAG